AUGGUGAAAGGUGGGAUGAGGGACGAGGGAGAGGAGGAAGACCAGCAACAAGGAGUUAUAUGCUGGUGUGUUACUCAACUAAUUUCUGUUUCAGUCUUUAGAAACCAGCUGUAUCGAUCUCAGCGGGCCUUCCAUCCCGCAGUUGCACUGCAAAGAGCUUCAGAAGAACAGAAACAGCCCCCCUUCCCACCUCCCAAUCAGCAGCAUUCAGAGCCUCCACCGGUGGAUGAAAAGCAUGAUGCAAAGCAUCCAGACUCACACCAUAGUUACACAGAUCAGGGCGGGGAAGAAUCAGAGGGCUAUGAGAGUGAGGAGCAGCUACAGGGUCGGAUCCUGACAGCAGCUCUGGAAUUUGUGCCUACCCACGGCUGGACAAUGGAUGCAAUUGCAGAAGGAGCUAAGUCCCUAGGUCUUUCCGUUGCUGCAGCAGGACUAUUUCACAAUGAUGGCAGUGAACUGAUUCUCCACUUUGUGUCCCGGAGUAACUCCAGACUCUCUGAACUUCUUGAGGAACAGCACAAGCUAGUACAACUUGGCCAAGCGGAGAAGAAGAAGACAGAUGAGUUUAUAAAGGAUGCCUUAGAAGCAAGGCUGAGAAUGCUCAUUCCGUAUAUUGAAAAAUGGCCUCAGGCUAUGAGUGUGUUGUUGUUGCCACACAAUAUUCCAUCCAGCCUCAACCUGCUUACAACCAUGGUGGAUGACAUCUGGCACUAUGCAGGAGAUCAGUCCACUGAUAUAAAUUGGUACACUCGCCGAGUAGUGCUGGCUGGAAUUUAUAACACCACAGAGCUGGUGAUGAUUCAGGAUUCUUCCCUGGAUUUUGAGGAGACUUGGUCCUUCCUACAGAACAGAGUUGCUGAUGCAAUGAAUAUGGGCCACACAGCUAAACAGGUUAAGGCAACAGGAGAAGCUCUGGUUCAAGGACUUAUGGGCGCUGCUGUUACUAUCAAGAAUCUCACGGGCCUCAACCAGCGUCGAUGAAGCAAUUAAACGGGAGCAUCUGAGCAUCUCUUCCAAGACUUGUAAAGAAAUGGUGUCCGUAAAUCUCAUCACAAGAAUAUGAAACUGUCACUUAUUCUGUACCGCAACUAAAACAAAUAUACAAGUUCAUCUGUCUAAUGUAAAAACUUGGCUUUUUUGGAGCCCAGGUAACCACUGGCCACCCUGAUGUUUGAUUGGCCCAAUAGCAAUUAAAAAAUUAGAUUCUAUUUUUACCAAAACUCUUCUAUCAUUUUUGAGAAAAUGAUAGAAGAGUGUUGGGGUCCAAAAUAAUUUGAGUUUUGGACCCCAACACCUUUCUUUUCAUUUUCUCACCCUGCACAUGUUAGUGUAUCUUUGGCACAAAAAGGCUUAUGUGUUAUCGGUGAAAUUGGCUAAAUUGUCUUCCAGGACCAGUGACAGCACCUCUCAGCUUAAAACCCAGAAUUGUGAUCUGCUGUUUGUUGACAGUAUAUUUAUGGCGCUGUUGUGAAUAUAUAUUUUCCCUGUAUGCUUGGACACAUCUGUAUGUUCAUUAAAAAAAAUUGAGCAUUUUUCA